GCCACCCUUUCUACGGGAAAUACAAGGUGGGUUUCCUAAGCAGCGGUAAAGUGGUAGCUCUGGACGUGUCCUACUACAGCAACGCUGGACACUCCGUGGACCUGUCUCUAUCGAUCAUGGAGCGUGCUCUGUUCCACAUGGAGAACUCCUACAGCGUGGCUAACGUGCGCGGCCGCGGCUACGUGUGCCGCACCAACCUGCCGACCAACACGGCCUUCAGGGGCUUCGGGGGACCGCAAGGCAUGAUGGUCUCAGAGAACUGGAUCACUGACGUGGCUCAGAGCCUGGGACGUCCCGCAGAGGAGGUGCGCCGGUUGAACCUGUACGUGGAGGGAGAGGCCACGCCCUACAACCAGGUGCUGGACCAGCUGACUCUGGACCGGUGCUGGGACGAGUGUCUGCAGCGCUCGCGGUACCAGCAGCGCCGGGACGCCGCCGAACUCUUCAACAGGCAGAACCGUUGGACCAAACGAGGCGUUGCCAUAGUUCCCACCAAGUUUGGCAUCAGCUUCACGGCCGCCUUCCUCAACCAGGCUGGAGCUCUGGUCCAUAUCUACACAGACGGCUCAGUACUGUUGACCCAUGGUGGGACCAAGAUGGUCCAGGUAGCCAGCAGGGUUCUGGGUAUCCCGUGCUCUAAGAUCCACAUCUCUGAGACCAGCACCAACACGGUCCCCAACACCAGCCCCACGGCCGCCUCGGCGUCCUCCGACCUCAACGGCGCCGCUGUGUUCGCUGUCUGCCGGACCCUCAGCGGGCGCCUGGUGCUGUACCAGACCCAAAACUCCAAAGCAUCAUGGGAAGACUGGAGGAGCAGCAGCAAGCCUCGGCGGCAGACUCAUCGGCCGAAGACUCCGGAGGACAAAGACAAAGGAGUCCCCGCAGGAGCUGGAGCUCUGGUCCAUAUCUACACAGACGGCUCAGUACUGUUGACCCAUGGUGGGACCAAGAUGGUCCAGGUAGCCAGCAGGGUUCUGGGUAUCCCGUGCUCUAAGAUCCACAUCUCUGAGACCAGCACCAACACGGUCCCCAACACCAGCCCCACGGCCGCCUCGGUGUCCUCCGACCUCAACGGCGCCGCUGUGUUCGCUGUCUGCCGGACCCUCAGCGGGCGCCUGGUGCUGUACCAGACCCAAAACUCCAAAGCAUCAUGGGAAGACUGGAGGAGCAGCAGCAAGCCUCGGCGGCAGACUCAUCGGCCGAAGACUCCGGAGGACAAAGACAAAGGAGUCCCCGCAGGAGUCCGAUUUCAAGUUAAUGAUUUUUUGUGAA